AUGUCCUCGGCGCGCGACCGCCUCGCGAGCAUUCGCGCUCGGCUCGAAACCAAGACCCCGGCGGCCGCGCCGUCCGCCCAGCAGGCCCCGGGGCAGCCCCAGCACCCCCCCUCGGUUUCUCCACCCCCCGCAGCAGCCCCCGCGGCCCGCCCGGCCCAGCCACCGGCUGCGCGACAACAGCACGCGCCGCACCCGGGCCACGUCGCCUCCGCGCCGCGCGGCGCACCGCCGGCGGGGCAGCAUCACACAAACCAUGCCAGCGGGAACGGCCACAGGCCGCCUUCGGGUCCUCCGGCGCGGCCAGGGGGGCUCGCUGCGGGCGCGCUGUCGCGGCUGGGAGCUGGGCCGGCCGUGCCGUUCAGCGCGGGGCCGCAGCGGCCGGCGGCACAGAGCGCGCUGACGCCGGUGCCUUCAAACAGCGGGGGUGGCGGUCUGCCUGACGUGCCGGCUCCUGAGGCGCAUGUGCGGGGGAACGGGGACGCGAAGAGGCCGGGGGAGGACGCGGAGGAGCUGAGGAGGAGGGUGGCGGCGCUGGAGGAGGAGAACAAGAGGCUGCGGGAGGGCGCGCGGGUCGAGUCAGCGGGGGGUGUUGAUGGCGGUGUGGAGGUCGAACAGCUGCGUCAGGAGGUCGCGGAGCUGACGUUGGCGCUGGAGCGGGCCGAGAACGAUAAGGCGAAGCAUCAGCGAGCCCUCAAGGCGCUCAAGGAGCGGAUGCUCGACCUGGAGCAGGACGAGGACCGCGUCGUGGACGAGCGCGUCGCGCACGGGAUCGAGGACGCUCUGCGCGCGCACCGCGACGCCUCCGCGGCCGAGCAAGCCUCCCUCUCCGCGCAAGUCGCGGCAGCAACGCAGCGCUGCGAGGCCCUGGCCGCUGAGCUCGCGGCGGCGACGGCGAACGUCGCGGUGCUGCGCGCAGCCCUCGAGGAGCGCGAGUCCGAGGUCGCGAACCUCCAAGCCGCGCUCGGCGCGCUCACGGCGUCGAGCGACGCCAGCGAGGGGUUGCGCAGCGAGCUGUGGGAGGCGCGGACGGGGCGUGAGGCGGCGGAGGCGCGGUGCCGGGAGCUCGAGGAGGAGCUGCGGGUGGCGCGGGGGGCCGUGGCGGACGGCGCUGCGGCGCGCGAGGCCGCGGAGCGGGACGCGGAGGCGGCGCGGAGUAGCGCGCUGGCGGCGCGGCGCGAGGCGGCAGUGGCGCAGCGGGCGCUGCAGGAGGCGCUGCGGCGGCUGACGGCGGUGAGUGAGGGCCAGGGGGACACGGUGGACCGGGCGCUGGUGCGGCAGCUGGUCGUGACGCACUUCAAGCGGAUGGCAGGGGGGGACUCUCAUGCGUUCGACGUGCUGGCGUCGCUGCUGGGUCUGACUGAGGCGGACCGCGCGGCGUGCGGGGUUGCGGCGACGCGCGGGGGCGUGUUCGGGCGCGUGACGUCGGUCGCGAUGGCGCCGGUGUCGCUGGUGAAGGCGGUCGGCAAUGCGGCGGCCGCCGCCAAGGAUGAGGAGUCAGGCCAGGCGGUGGGGGACAUCUGGGUGGACUUUUUGAUGAAGGCGGCGAUGGACGACGCCGCAGAGAGCGAGGCGGCCGACCGGGAGCGCGCGGGGCCGCCGCGCUGA